AUGACUACUAAGGCUGUGCAUUUAGAGUCCRUAACCGCUCUGUCUACGGAUGCAUUUCGAUUAACGCUGGACCGGUUCGUUGCCCGUCGUGGUUUACCGACUUCGAUCUAUUCUGAUUGUCGCACCAAUUUUGUCGGUGCAGCUCGUCAGCUCAGACACUUCGUCAACCACCCUGAUAAUGUAGAUCAGCUGGCUGGUUAUAUCGCGUGCGAAUACCACWUUAAUCCUCCAAGUGCUCCCCAUUUUGGAGGAAUCUGGGAAGCGGCCGUCAAAUCCGCCAAAUCUCUGCUCUUACGCGCCAUGUCUUCACAAGUUUGGACAUUGGAAGAAUUUACGACAGUCUUGUGGCGGGUUKAGGCAGCCAUGAAUUCGCGUCCACUAGUACCCGCUUCGCCUAAUCUGAAUGAUCUAGAAUGCGUAAUAUAA